AAUCGCCCCACCACUCCGUGAAGACACUGCAAGUUGCACGUCCGACAGUUUUUGGCUAACCAUACGUCAAUCACAGCAUGGUUCGCAAACGCUUGGACGACCGGGUGCGUGCACUGUUGGAGCGCUCCGUCGUGACGGGCCAGCGAUCCAUGCUGGUCCUGGUCGGCGAUCACGGCAAGGAUCAAGUGCCCAAUCUGCACCAAAUAUUGACGAAAUGUUCCGUACAGGCCCGUCCCAAGGUGCUCUGGUGCUACAAAAAGGAACUCGGCUUUUCGACCCACCGCAAAAAGCGCAUGAAGAAACUCAAACGCGACAAAUCCCGGGGAUUGGUGGGUGGGGAAGCCGACCAGGCCGAUAACUUUGAACUCUUUGUCAGUCAAACCGACAUUACCUGGUGUUAUUACAAGGACAGUCACCGCGUGCUGGGAACCACCGUUGGUGUGCUCGUCUUGCAAGACUUUGAAGCCUUGACACCCAAUCUCAUGGCCCGUACCAUCGAAACCGUGGCCGGCGGUGGCUUGGUCAUUUUCUUGCUCCGGACGGUCAAGUCGCUCAAACAGUUGUACGCCAUGAGUAUGGACGUACACGCCCGGUACCGCACAGAGUCCGCUGGUGACCUGGUCCCACGCUUCAACGAGCGAUUCAUUUUGAGUUUGGGAAAAUGUCCCAACUGCUUGGUGUGUGACGACGAACUCAACGUACUACCGGUGAGUCGCAAAGCACUGAACGACUUGUCGCCAAACGCCGGUUGGUCCAAGGGUGAUGCCGGCGAGGUAAUUGUGCAGGAUACACCGGAGCAACGGGAUUUGAAGGAAAUUCAAGAAGCACUCCUGGAUACACCCCACGUUGGUGUGCUAGUGGAGCUAACGAAAACACUGGAUCAGGCCAAGGCCUUGUUGGUGUUUUUGGAAGCCUGUUCGGAAAAGACACUCAAAUCGACGGUAGCCAUGACGGCCGCUCGUGGUCGGGGAAAGUCGGCAGCCAUGGGAUUGUGUCUCGCUGGCGCCAUUUCGCUGGGAUACUCAACUAUCUGUGUGACCGCCCCGGAACCGGAAAACUUGGUCAGCGUCUUUGACUUUCUAUGCCGCGGUCUCAAGGCACUCAAAUAUCAAGAACACAUGGACUAUAGUGUAACGUACAAUUCAGCCAGUGGUCGCGAACAGACCAAGUGUAUCACGGCCAUCAAUGUACAUCGUAGUCACCGGCAGGUGAUCCAAUACGUUGAUCCAGCGGAAACGGACAAGUUUACGAGCGCCGAAAUUGUGGCCAUUGACGAAGCUGCAGCAAUUCCGUUGCCCGUUGUGCGAGCUCUCAUGAGCCACCCAGAUCGCUUGACUUUUUUGAGUUCGACUAUUAACGGAUACGAAGGUACCGGUCGUGCUCUUAGAGGACGGCACGCCGAGAUGCAGGCCGCCUCUUCCGCAGCAAACUCUAUCGUUGGAGCAAAAUCGAAAAAGGGCGAGGCCAAAGUUCAUGAACAACGGUGGGCCGCAGCAGCGGCUGCAAUUCUGGAAGCCAGCGAAGAAAUCGAACUGCUGACGCCCAUUCGAUAUGCACACGGCGAUUCAGUCGAAGCAUGGCUCAAUAAGCUCCUUUGUUUGGACUGUGGAUCAGCGUCUAACUUGAAACUGAACGGAGGGGCUCCUGCUCCAGGCGAUUGUGAACUUUACAGCGUAGAUCGUGACGCUCUUUUUUCUUUCCACAAGUUAUCCGAAGCUUUCUUGCAGAAGGUCAUGGGACUUUACACGAGUGCUCAUUACAAGAAUUCACCCAACGAUUUGCAGAUGCUCUCUGAUGCUCCAGCUCAUUCACUUUUUGUACUGCUUUCGCCGUCGGCUGAACAAGAUGCAAAUUCUCUCCCGGAUGUUCUUACCGUUGUUCAAGUGGCCCUAGAAGGACGUAUCUCUAGAAAGGCUGUCGAAGCGCAGCUUGCCCGAGGACAUCGCUCGGCCGGCGAUUUGAUUCCUUGGACAAUUUCUCAGCAAUUUGGUGACUCUAAAUUUGCUCAGUUGAGUGGAGCGCGAAUUGUGCGUGUUGCUGUCCACCCUUCGGUGCAAGGAAUGGGAUACGGGUCCAGGGCGAUCGAACUUCUUUACCGAUUCUACAACGAAGAAAUGGUUUCGCUCGUCAAUGACGAAGGUAACGAUGAUGCUGAUUCUGACGCAGAGCGCAAUGGAGAAGAAGAAAGCGACAAUGAUGAGCCGACGACAUCUGGAAUUGGAAUUUUGGGUGAAAACUUGAGGCCCCGCAAGGAACUUCCACCUCUUUUGCUUCCUUUGACCGAAGUGGAUAUGCCGAGACUUGAUUGGGUUGGGACAUCGUUUGGGCUAACUCUUCAACUUCACAAAUUUUGGAGCCGUAGCGGAAUGCGGAUGCUAUAUUUGAGACAAACCAAGAAUGAGCUUACGGGUGAACAUUCAUCCAUUAUGGUCCGUGCUCUACCAAGGCGAAGUGGUGUCGAUGACUCUUGGCUUUACGCGUAUCUGAGUGAUGCUAGGCGACGAUUCACCACUCUCUUUAGCGGGCCUUUUCGCCACUUGGACGUUAGGCUUGCUCUUUCCGUGUUCGAUAAUAUGGAUGUGCCAAGCAACACCACCGAAGCUAAGCAACGCGCAGGAGCUUUGGCAGGCACUCUUACCUUCAAGGAACUCGACUACUUCUUGACACCAUAUGACUUGAAGCGCCUUGAAUUAUACGGACGAAAUUUAUGUGAUCAUCACCUUGUAAUGGAUCUACUACCAAUAAUUGGGCGAUUGUACUUCACUGGGCGUUUUGGAUCUGACUUCAACUUAUCUAGCGUCCAAGCCGCGCUCUUCUGUGGGAUUGGACUACAGAACAAGAGCGUCGACAUUUUGACGAGAGAGCUUGGUCUGCCAACCAAUCAAGUCCUUGCAAUGUUCAAUAAAGCAGUGCGAAAAAUGUCCAUUGCCUUGAACUCUGUCGUUGAGGAGAAAGAGAAAGAGAGUCUCUUAACUGGUGAGAAACGAAGCAGAAUUGAAGAAAGUGCCGAACAGAUGCGUCAUGUUUCUCGGCAAACUUUGGAUGAAGAUGCCGAGCAAGCUGGCCAGGAAGCGAUCGCAACGCUCAGGGCGAACGAGAUGGCGAACCAUCUACCGGAGCUUGCACACGAUACUGAAAUGCUGAAGUACGUCGUCAAGGGAUCUGAUAAACAGUGGGAAAAGGUCCUCCAAGACAAAGAUAAAAGAGAAAAAUUGUUGACGAUGACGACAUAG